CGAAGCUUCUUCAAACACAGUUGAAACAUGGCAUUUGUGGCAAUCCGAAGAUUGCAAGGUUUAAUCCCGAAGAACUCUAUCAAUCUUCGGUGUCAUGCACCUUCACAAAGGGCAUGGUAUUCUGUGGCAGCAGUGGGAUCGUCACAACAUACUCUUAGUGUGAAAAAUAAGAUAGAUUCAACAAAAGAAAAGGCUUUACUUGGAGGAGGCAUAAAAAGAAUAGAAAAACAGCACCUCAAGGGAAAGCUGACAGCGAGAGAAAGAGUGAAGCUAUUGAUGGAUGCAGGAUCUUUCAUUGAGUAUGAUAUGUAUUUAGAGCAUGACUGUGCUGACUUUGGCAUGCAGAAAGAAAAGUACCCUGGUGACAGCGUUGUAACAGGAAGAGGAACAAUUAAUGGAAGACCUUGUUUUGUAUUUAGUCAGGAUUUUACAGUCUUUGGAGGAAGUUUGUCUGGAGCCCAUGCCAAGAAGAUUUGUAAAAUUAUGGAUCAAGCAAUGCUAGUUGGUGCCCCUGUGAUUGGUCUCAAUGAUUCUGGAGGAGCCAGAAUUCAGGAGGGUGUAGAGUCUCUUGCUGGAUAUGCUGAUAUUUUCCAGAGAAAUGUUAAUGCAUCAGGAGUAAUACCACAGCUAUCAUUGAUUAUGGGUCCUUGUGCAGGAGGUGCCGUGUACUCUCCAGCUCUAACAGAUUAUGUAUUUAUGGUUAAGGAUACAUCCUAUUUAUUUAUAACAGGACCUGAUGUUGUCAAGUCUGUUACUGGUGAAGAUGUAACUCAAGAAGAACUAGGAGGGGCAAAAACCCAUACAGCUACAUCAGGUGUUGCACAUAAAGCAUUUGAUAAUGAUGUUGAUGCCAUACUUCAAGUCAGAGAAUUCUUUAACUUUCUACCUUUGAGUAAUAAGGAUCCAGCACCUCACAGAGUAUGUCAUGAUCCGCCAUUUAGAGAUGUACCUGGCUUGGAUACAGUUGUUCCACUGGAAAGUACAGCAGCUUAUGACAUCAAAGAUGUUAUUCUUGGUGUAGCUGAUGAUAUGGAAUUCUUUGAGAUUAUGCCUAAUUAUGCCAAAAAUAUUGUUGUUGGAUUUACUAGAAUGAACGGUCAGACUGUUGGUGUGGUAGGAAAUCAACCUAAAGUUGCUGCAGGUUGUUUAGAUAUAAAUGCGUCAGUCAAAGGUGCCAGAUUUGUCAGAUUUUGUGAUUCCUUCAACAUUCCUAUAGUAACAUUUGUAGAUGUACCUGGAUUUUUACCUGGUACUGGACAGGAAUAUGGAGGAAUCAUCAGGCAUGGUGCUAAAUUAUUAUAUGCUUUUGCUGAGGCUACUGUUCCUAAAAUAACAGUUAUCACUAGAAAGGCUUAUGGUGGAGCAUAUGAUGUGAUGAGUUCUAAACAUUUAAGAGGAGAUACAAACUAUGCUUGGCCAACUGCAGAGGUAGCUGUCAUGGGUGCAAAGGGAGCUGUGUCUAUUAUAUUCCGUGGUAAAGAUCAAGCUAAAAAUGAAGCAGAAUAUGUGGAGAAGUUUGCUAAUCCCUUCCCAGCAGCUGUCAGAGGUUUUGUUGAUGACAUUAUAGAACCUCGUUCAACUCGAAGAAGAAUCUGUCAAGACUUGCAAGUACUGGCUAGCAAGAAGAGAGAAAACCCAUGGAAGAAACAUGCUAAUAUGCCAUUAUAAAUUAGACUGUGUUGUUUUUUGAUUGAACUAAAGUGGAGCAAUGCUUGCUUAGACCUGAACUGGAUCCAGGAUCAAGAUUGUAUUUAGGGAAGAAGCAAGUUGUCGGUUUUAUAUUUUCUGAGGAUUGAAUAUCAAAUAUUUUAGUACAGUUGAAGGAAUAGAAAAGUACUGUAUCUUUAGAUGUAUGCAAGAUCCAAGUUUGGAUGUAUGUGCAUGGGAAAAUGUGUUUUGUUUUUAUACGACCGCAAAAAUUAAAAAUUUUUUGGUCGUAUAUUGGUAUGACGUUGGCGUCGUCGUCGUCGGCGUCAUCGAAGACACAUUGGUUUUCGCACUCUAACUUUAGUUUAAGUGAAUGGCUCUCCAUAAAAUUUUACCAUAAGGUUCAAUACCACGAAAGGAAGGUUGGGAUCGAUUUUGGGGGUUAUGGUACCAACAGUUAAGGAAUUAGGGGCCAAAAAUAAGCAUUUUUGUAACUUCCAGACAAUAACUUGUGUGUAAGUGUAUGGAUCUCUCUGACAUUGUACCACAAGGUUCCAUAUCACAAAGGGAAGGCUGUAAUUGAUUUUGGGGGUAAUUGCCUCAAAAUUUUAGGAAUUAGGGGCCAAAAAAGGGGCAAAAAAACAAGCAUUUUUCUAGUUUCAUGACAAUAACUUGAGUGUAAGUGUUUGGAUAUUUCUGAAAUUGUACUACAAGGUUCCAUAUCACAAAGGGAAAGCUGGAAUUGAGUUUGGGGGUAAUUGCCCGAAACGUUUAGGAAUUGGGGGCCAAAAAGGGGCCAAAAAUAAGCAUUUUUCUAGUUUCCAGACAAUAACUUGUGUUCAAGUGUAUGGAUCUCUCUGAAAUUGUACUGCAAGGUACCAUACCACAAAGGGAAGGCUGGGAUUGAGUUUGGGGGUGAUGAAUCAUAAGGGGGUUCAAAAAAUUUGGGGGGGGGAUUUUUUUUUUUCUUUUUUUUUCUUUUUUUCAUUUUUUUUUUCUUUUAAAAUUUUGCAUUUUAAGUUGGUUAUUUCUGAUUUAUAUUUGAAGCAAAUAAUAAUGACAUGGUAGGAGAUACACACCAAACAGGAUGUGUAAAUUAUUAUAUAAUAAGUAUUGUGCAAUAGCAAGAAAUUUUCAAUUGCACAGUAUUGCACAAUAGCAAGAAAUCUUCAAUUGCACAGUAUUGCGCAAUAGCAAGAAAUCUUCAAUUGCACAGUAUUGCGCAAUAGCAAGAAAUAUCCAAUAGCACAAUAUUGCGCAAUAGCAAGAAAUUGUCAAUUGUACAGUAUUGCGCAAUAGCAAGAAAUAUUCAAUUGCACAGUAUUGUGCAAAAAGAAGAUACUUCGUAUAAAUUGCUUAUUUCUUGAUCAAUUUCAAUGGGGUUUUAUUCUUGAAUUCUUGGGGUUCUUUAAUAUGCUGAAUCUAACUGUGUAUUAAGUUUUUGGAUUUUGGGCCCCGUUUUUAAAUUGGUCCACAUUGAGGUCCAAAGGGUCCAAAAUUUAACUUUGUUUGAUUUCAUCAAAAAUUGAAUUAUUGGGGUUCUUUGAUAUGCUGAAUCUAACCGUGUAUUUAGAUUCUUAAUUUUUGGUUCCGUUUUCAAAUUGGUCUACAUUAAGGUCCAAAGGGUCCAAAAUUAAACUUAGUUUGAUUUUAACAAAAAUUGAAUUUUUAGGGUUCUUUGAUAUGCUGAAUCUAAACAUGUAUUUAGAUUUUUGAUUAUGGGCCCAGUUUUCAAGUUGGUCCAAAUCGGGGUCCAAAAUUAAACUUUGUUUGAUUUAAAAAAAAAUUGAAUAUAUGGGGUUCUUUGAUAUGCUGAAUCUAACCAUGUAUUUAGAUUUUUGAUUUUUGGGCCCCGUUAUCAACUUUGUCCACAUUGAGGUCAAAAGGGUCCAAAAUUAAACUUUGUUUGAUUUCAUCAAAAAUUGAAUUCUUGGGGUUCUUUGAUAUGCUGAAUCUAACCAUGUAUUUAGAUUUUGGAUAUUUGACCAUAAUAGGUGAAUGUCCAAUUUAAAAUUUUUAAGUUCUUAGACCACAUUCAUUCUGUGUCAGAAACCUAUGCUGUGUCAAAUAUUUAAUCACAAUCCAAAUUCAGAGCUGUAUCAAGCUUGGAUGUUGUGUCCAUACUUGCCCCAACUGUUCAGGGUUCGACCUCUGCGGUCGUAUCAAGCUGCGCCCUGCGGAGCAUUUUAUUAAAUAGUGAAAUCUUAUUUCUUUAUUCUUAUAGUAGUUUUUUUUUCAAAAUGAAGUAUUUCUCUCAUGGGCAUUUGUAUGUUUUUUUUCUAGUAUCAGAAACAAGUUACUAUGUUAAAGAUGUAUAGUAUUGUUUGUAUAUUUAUAGCCUCUAACCUAAAAGGGUAUCUGUUGAAGAUAUGAAUCAUGUAUACAGCAUUUUGUAUCAUAGCAGUAGAGACAUAAAUAUAAUGUAUGGCUUUAAUAAGAUAUUUGUAUAAAAUAUAUUAUGAUAUCACACAAAACAUGAGAUGCUUGCAUGGAAUUUGAUGUCAAUAUAGACCAUACGAGUAACAUGGACAUUUUUUGUAACAGAAGGGUUAAUUUUCCAUUUUACAUUACCAAAGUGAAUUGCAAACAAAACAUUUUAAAACAGUUGAAUCAAUGCAUGAAUUCAAAUUACAAAUGUAUGUUAUCCUUGACCUAAUAGUGUGAUGUAUGAAUAUCUACUUUGUCGAUAUCUUGCAACAACUUCAUCAAUUUCUCUGUAUUAGAAAAAACAAAGGAUAUGGGGUAUCCAUCCAUGACACAAAAUCAGUACAUGCAAAUACCAUAAAUUCAUUGCAGGAUACAUUUAUUAAAAAUACUCUUAUUUAAAAACUGAAUUCCACCUGAAUGUAGUUUCAUCAAUGUGUGUUAGGUUAGUUUUCUCUCAAUGAUGCUAUUGCAGAUUCUUCUGAAUUUACUAUUCAUGACAAAUGUUAGGACACAGACUCAAAUAAAUCAAAAUGACAUUAAAAAUGACAUUCUUACAUUGUUGUCAACGACUUUUAAAGUAUAGAUCUUUCAUCUACUAAAUACUAACCAUCAUGUGAUAACAUAUUUAGACACUUGAUAGUACAUAUACCUUUAUGAAAAAAUAAUUUCAAAAGUUAAAAAAUGAGUUAUUCUUUCUUAAUUUAAAACUUUUUAAAUGAUUUUUCCUAUCUGAGGCUAUAGAUAUACUAAUUUUUAUAGUAAUUUCAAAGUGAAAGAAAACAGAUUAAUCAAAGGAUAGUUUGGUUUUGUUCUUGUGGUAGUUGGUAUUGAAAAGGAUUGCUGAAAAUCUUGGGCUAUCAUCAAAAGUUGAAGUAAGAAUAGAAGAAUUGAAGCAAUACGAAAAAAGUUAUUAUUACUGAGAGAAGAAUGUAAUAUACAAGGGUAUCAAGUAUUCAGCACCUAUCAACAUUAUGCUCCUUUAGAAUGGUGUUAACAAAAAUUUGCUAUUUGUCUGAAAUUUAUAGUUAUAUAAGUGCUAAUAGUUGUAUGUUAUUGAUAUUUUUAAGAUUGUUAGCUAUCCACCAUCUGUGAUGAUUUAUUAAAAAUCUAAAACUGA